AUGUCUCCUCUCCUAUACAACAUUUAUAUUGGUAACCUUAAUUCCAAGUUAAGCACAUUUAAUCAGGGUUGUCAAUGUGCGAAUAUUAGAUUAAAUAAUCUUAGUUACGCCGACAAUCUUGUUUUGCUUGCUCCUUUGGUUGCAGGACUCCAGCAAUUGGUACAUGUCUGUGAACAUUUUGCUAGUGAGUAUGAUGUUUUAUUUAAUGACAAGAAAUCGUUCUGUAUGCGAUUUUGUCCCCGUACGUGUAAAUUGGAAGGUAAAUCCAUAACGAAACUUUUUGGUAAAGAACUUGUGUAUGUUGAGAAAGGCACUUAUCUUGGUCACAUUCUUACAUGCGAUAGUUGUGAUGAGGCUGAUAUUCAAAGACAGUAUAUGUCUCUGUGUAUUAGAAGCAACUCAGUCUCUCUUAAUCAAUUUCCUAACAAUGAUAUGGGUAAGGAAAUGACAAUGGAAAUGCACAUAAAAGAAGCUAUGAAGAAGAAGAAGGAGGAAGAGAAAAAGAAGGUGUCAGAUAUUGUAAGUUAUCGUGCAUUGUGGGUUUUGAUACACUAUACUAUUGAGCGAAAACAGUUUUGA